AUGGAGGACGGCUUAAUCUCGCCGUUACUUCGCUCGGACAGUCGCAUGGGUCCCAUCCUCCCGUCUCAUCACGCUCCCUGCGAUGACAGCACGUCGCACGUGUCGCAUCAUCCCGUGCGGCUAGCAUCGCUUGACGUUUUCCGCGGAAUCAGCAUCGUCGUGACUGAGAGACCUUAUCGCUUCCAACUUCCUCUCCUUCUCCUCGCCUCCCUGCAGGUCAUGAUAGUGGCGCUGGACGUGGGUCAGGAGGAGCCAUGGGCAAUGAUAGUGGCGCUGGACGUGGGUCAGGAAGUGCCGUGGGUGGGAGUGUCUCCCUGGGACGGGCUACAGCUGGGAGACUUCGUCGCUCCGUUCUUCCUCUUCGCCUCGGGCGCUGCAGCGGCGCUCACCUUCAGAGCCGUGCACAGCCGCACUGCGGCCGUGCACAGGAUUCUCGGACGUGCCUGCUGCCUCUUUCUCCUCGGCCUCUUCCUUGAAGGUUGCCACCCUCCCCCUCCCUUUGCCUACCAUCAACAACAAACUUUCUUGACUUGUUUCUCGAACAUUGCCAGCGUGUCUCUGCCUGCUUUGGAUAUCAGCCAACCUCAUACCCCUUCCCUCUCACUCACAACUUUCUCCUCUCACUCUCGGACACCAUUCAUCACCACACCUCGACUUUCUCCUUGCCUCUCCCUCCACCUUCCCGGCACCUUCCAGCGCAUAGCUGUGGCCUACACAGUGGUAGCACUGGCGCAGGUGCUGCUAUCCGCGCCCAAGGAUAGCCACACAGAGGGAUAUGGAGAGGGGCUAUCCGGCUUGUUAUCCUUCUCCCUCCUCACCUGGCAGGCGUCGCUCAUUGCUAGCUGCAAUCUACCUCGUCCUCACCCUUCCUCCUUCCCUCCCAUGUUACACCAUUCAUACCUUACAUGGGCGCAUGAACCACCCCCCUCCAGGGAGGCAUCGCUCAUGCUAGCUGCAAUCUACCUCGCCCUCACCUUCCUCCUCUUCGUGCCUGACUGGACCUUCACUCCCCCCACCUCCUCCGCCUCCCUCUCUGCCGUCAACUCGACCUUCCUUCCCCUCGCUGCGUCAGCUGUCAGCAGCCCGUCUCAAGACCUGCUGGUGGUGUGCUCUCGCACUGGAGACCUCUCCCCUGCCUGCAGUGCUGCGGGCUACAUCGACCGACUGCUGCCUCACCACCAAUCACCUCCUCGCCUUGCCUCCCUACACCCAAUUGCCUCAGGCAGAAUUUUUGUCCAUCUCUGCCUCGUCCGUUUCGACUUUGCUUUCUCGUCCCCUGCUGCAGGAGUGCGUGUUUCCUCCACUCUCGUUUCGCCACCAUCACUCCCUCGCCCUACCAUCCUCUGGCGACCAGGCACCCCCUGUGUGGUGCUCUGCACCAGCCAUGCAGCGCGCAUCAUCAACUGCCUUUUCUUCUCUGCUCUCCUCGUGGCGGCCGGGUUCCUCCUCCAGUUCCCUUCUCUUUCUCCCUCCACCACGCCAUCCCCAUGCGAACAUCCCCGAGUGCUUGACAUAUCCUACCCUGGUCUGCCUUUCAAUGCUCAGCUGUACUCGCUAAGCUAUGUCCUCAUAACAGCAGGAGCUGCCGCACUCCUUUUCGCCCUCAUCUACCUUUUUUUCCUCAGUCGGCCUAGCGAGGGUUACGCAGUUACCAGCAUGGCAGCGUUCCUCGUCAUCACGCUCAUCUUCUUCGCGCUCGGCUUCCUAGGCUGCGUGCUCGUUAGGGUUCUCUACGAUAAAGGCCCGUCAACGAACCUCCAGGCUGCAUGUCACGCUGGUCAUCACCGCAACAUCUGCUGCUGGCUCUCGUGGGCGAUUGUGUACAUGGCACAGAUGCAUCCCCUUGUGGUGCCUAUACUCAAGGCGGAAGGAGAAUAA